UCCAGUUCGGCCGCCGCCGCACUCGGGUUGAUGAGGCGUGCUUCGUCCGUGCUGCGCGCGCCGCUCACGCGGGGGCGCCGCGGCUUGGCCUCGUCAUCGGACUACAAGAUCACGGAUCACGCGUAUGACGCCGUCGUCGUCGGAGCUGGGGGCGCCGGCUUGCGCGCGGCCUUUGGGCUCGCCAACCACGGGUUCAAGACGGCGUGCAUCACCAAGCUCUUCCCGACGCGCUCGCACACGGUGGCGGCGCAGGGUGGCAUCAACGCCGCCCUGGGCAACAUGUCUGUUGACGACUGGCGCUGGCACAUGUACGACACAGUCAAGGGGUCCGACUGGCUGGGAGACCAAGACGCGAUCCACUACAUGUGCAAGGAGGCGCCGCGGACGGUGAUCGAGCUCGAGCACUACGGCGUCCCCUUCUCGCGGACGGACGAGGGCAAGAUCUACCAGCGUGCCUUUGGCGGCCAGUCGCUCGACUACGGGAAGGGCGGCCAGGCGUACCGCUGCUGCGCCUGCUCCGACCGGACGGGGCACGCGAUCCUGCACACACUCUACGGCCAGGCGGUGAGGCACGAGACGGAGUUCUUCCUAGAGUACUUCGCGCUCGACCUCAUCAUGGACGACGCCGGCGGCUGCGCUGGAGAGACGGCGGCCCGCACCGGGGCGAGGGGUGGUAGGUCUCGCCCCGCCGUCCCUCUAGGCGCGUGCGUCGGGGUGAUGGCGCUCUGCAUGGAGGAUGGCUCGCUGCACCGCUUCCAGUGCAAGAACACCGUGCUCGCGACGGGCGGGUACGGGCGCGCGUGGUACUCGGCCACGUCGGCGCACACGUGCACGGGCGACGGGUCGGCGAUGGUGGCGCGCGCGGGGCUGCCCCUGCAGGACCUCGAGUUCGUGCAGUUCCACCCGACCGGCAUCUACGGCGCCGGGUGUCUCAUCACGGAGGGGGCGCGCGGGGAAGGAGGGAUCCUGCGCAACGCGGAGGGCGAGCGCUUCAUGGAGCGGUACGCGCCGACUGCAAAGGACCUCGCCUCGCGCGACGUCGUCUCGCGGUCGAUGACGAUGGAGAUCAACGAGGGCCGCGGCGUGGGGCCGGACAAGGACCACAUCUACCUCUACCUGAACCACAUCCCGCCCGAUGUCCUCGCCGAACGGCUCCCCGGCAUCUCGGAGACGGCCGCCAUCUUUGCCGAGUGCCUCCGGCCGACGGCGAGCGAUCCGGACGCGAUCGUGCCCGGCUUGCUCGCGGCGGGCGAGGCUGCCUGCGCCUCGGUGCACGGAGCCAACCGGCUUGGCGCCAACUCGCUCCUCGACAUUGUCGUCUUCGGGCGCGCAUGCGCCAACCGCGUCGCCGAGAUUGCCAAGCCAGGCGACCCGCUCACGCCGCUGCCCAAGGACGCGGGCGCCGCGACGAUCGCAAACUUGGACAAGGUUCGCAACUCGAGCGGGCCGAAGCCGACCUCUGCGGUGCGCGCCAACUUGCAGAAGGUGAUGCAGACCUACGCCGCCGUCUUCCGCAUCCAAGACAAGCUCGAGACGGGCUGUGCGGAGAUCGACAAGGUGUGCAAGGAGAUGGAGGAGAUCGGCAUUUCGGACCGGUCGAUGAUCUGGAACACGGACCUCGUCGAGACGCUCGAGCUGCAGAACCUCGUCGUCCAGGCCGCGCAGACGAUGUACUCGGCCGAGGCGCGCAAGGAGUCGCGCGGCGCACACGCGCGCGACGACUUCGACACGCGCGACGACGAGAAUUGGAUGAAGCACACCCUCUCGUGGAUGGCCACGCCGGCGGACAAGGUCAAGCUCGACUACCGGCCAGUCCACUACUACACCCUCGACGAGGAGGAGUGCAAAACGGUGCCGCCCGUGGCGCGGGUGUACUGAGGGGCACGCGCGCUCCAGUGCCGGAAAGAUGGCGUGCGACGCGAUUGGGGAGCGGCGCGCCUGAGCCGGCUACGGCUCACCUGGGCGUGCUUGUGACCUCUUCGUGCCCGGCGCGCCGCCCGGCGCGCCGCCCGUGCGUUGAGUACCAGGAGUAGAAGGGCGGAGACGGGGGUGUGAUGUGCGUCUGGAACCUGUCGUCGCGUGGGACGAGAGGGACACGUGGAUGCGCAACACUCAUGACACUGUCGGGGCGCUUGCGCGCCCGAUGGGUAUGCGUGCUCGCUGCGUUCCUGCGCUCUCUUGUCCGCCGAAUUAUAUGCAUCAACACAGGCCUCGCUUGGCAUGAGACCUU